GUGACCUUGAGACCACGCCCUUUGCCCCAGGGUAAUGCCUUGAACAAUUUUUAAUCUACAACAUAUCCUCAUCCUUAUGUGUAAGUUUGGUGAUAAUCUGCCCUGUGGUUCUUGAGAAGAAGAUUUUUUAGCAACCACUACUUUUGUUUGUAUUUUCCUGAUUAUCUCCCCUUGUUAAAGGGUCACAUCCCUUUAUUUAGUAUGUAUGAAAGCCCUUGGGCCAAUGAUACCCUGUACCAAAUUUGAAAGAAAUUGGCCAAGGGGUUCUUGAGUUAUAGCCCUUUUUCUAAAAAGUUUACGCACACCGCACACCGCACAAAUGGCCAUAGCAUUAGCUCUUUGAGCCUUUGGCUCAGAAGAGCUAAAAACACAAUAGAGGAAAUUCGAGUCACAACUUUGUUUUGAAUUAGACUGGUAGAGUGUGAUCAUGAUUCGCAUUUAUUCAUACUAGCAAUUAAAUCAUCGACAAUAAAAACAAUAAUAUUCACUUUUUCUUUUUAAACCACUAUCUUACUUUCAAGGUAUUGUUAUCAUAAUCAUAAUGAAAUAAAUCAGUCGAGACUCGAGUAUAGGACAACAUUGGUGGGAUGCCGAUCUCGAUGAUUCUUGCAUGUAAAAUGAAUAAUUAUUAGUAAGUUUCUGUAGAUAUUUUUGAUAAAGGAGCUGCACUAGAUAUAUAAUUUAAUAUAUUAGUUAAAAUGCACGUCUUCUCAUUAAAAUAUGUGCAUAAAUGAAGUUCAUAUGUCGAUCACAAUUUCAGAUGUAGAAUUAAAAACCAAAGCAUUUUCUGGUUUUUAAAACAAAAUAAUUCAAUAAUACCAAUUGUUUUAUUGUCUUUUGGUGUUUGUUUUUUUCAUCACCAUACUUCACAAGAAUGGCUGAUUACAACCAUAUAAAAUGUUUACAAUUACCUAUGGGUCGAAUUAUGCGAGCGUCGAACAGCAGGGCUACCGCUAUAUUUAGGGUAGAGUCUAUUCAAGGUAUCACACAUCGUCGGAAACCCACGGUUGAUUACGCUUCGUUCCUCUCUCCAUCACCCGUGGGUCCAUUCAUACCUAUUCGCUCGUUCUCAUGAAUAAUUCAUGAGGCAAUUUGAUUGGGCGCUUUACGUAUACCCUGAGCGAAUUCGUCCAAUCAAAAAGACGCUUUCAGUCCAAUUUCGGUAUACAAUUCAAAAUGGCGAUUGCUGAACGGUUCGGAAUAAGCAAAUUAAAGGAUUUCCAAGAAGACACCAUAAACAAGUUGUUAGAAGGAAGAGAUUAUAUUUGUCAAUGAAGACAGGGGGCGGGAAAAGCUUAUGUUAUCAAGCUUUCCCAUUGUUGUGGACUGAAAAACAUCGAAAUCCCUGCAAUGUUUUAGUGAUAACCCCUCUGAUUUCAAUAAUGAAAGAGCAGUGCGAGUCUUUGAUGUCACUUGGAUUUACUGCGACCUACAUCGGAAGAAACUCAGAAGAAGAUGAUCAAAUAACAGAUGAGAAGUUUCAGUUUUUAUUUACCUCUCCGGAAGCGAUUUUAUCCGUUACGAAAUGGCGUGAAAUGGUGACCAGGAGCCAGCACUUCAAAUUGAUUGUUGUAGACGAGGCCCAUACUGUUUUACGAUGGGGAGAAAGUGGUUGCAGAGGUGAUGAACCUUUCAGAGUGUGGUAUGGUAAAAUUGGAGAAAUACGAUCCCUGAUUCAAUGCCCUAUUUUACUGAUAACUGCAACUGCUAACAAGGCAGCUAGAUCUGACCUGAAGAGAAAGUUUGCCAUGAAUGAUUGCUUUGAAUUGAUUGACAAUCCUGAUAGAGACAAUAUUAAACUCUUUGUGAAAAAGGUCAAAAGUACAAUACCAAUAGCAGAUUUAUUCUUGUUUUUAGUAAGAUUAUUGAAGGAAAAAAAAGAGCUAUGUGAACGUUAUAUUAUUUUUUGUCCUUCUAUCAAGUUAUGUGGAGAUGUAUUUAGUGCAUUUAAGAUGGAAAAAACUCAGAACAUUGAUAUGUAUCAUUCAAAAACAAUUGAAACUGUAAAAGAAAAUAUUAAACAGGAUAUGCAGGAUGAAAAUGGUAAAAUAAGAGUAUUGAUUGCAACAAGUGCUGCAGGAAUGGGGGUUAAUUUUAAAGGUGUAAACAAUGUAAUUCACUUUGGUCCACCAAAGGAUAUGGAUUCUUUUGUACAGCAGUUAGGUAGAGCAGGACGAGAUGGUUCACAAACAGCAAUGGCCUUAUUACUUUAUAAUUCAAGACAAUGCAAAAAUUUAGAUGAUGAUAUGAAAAAGUACAUUGAUAACUCGGAUAAGUGCAGGAGACAAGUUAUGUUGUCUUCGUACAACUAUGAUCCAGCAGAAAACAGAGUGAAGCAUUUAUGUUGCGAUAUAUGUAAUGCUAGUUGCUCAUGCGGAAAAGACAAUUGUAAUGAUUAUGAACAUUCAUUCAUGGAUUAUGAGGAACUACAAGAAACAUCUUCUGAUAACUCUGAGAGUGAAAGUGAUACUGAUUCUUUCUAAUUGCUUGUAUUUAACCAUUUAAUAUUGUCUGAAAGACUACUAGUAAUGUUCAGUAUUUGUCAAGUUAUUGACGUGUAAAAAAAGAGCAUUAAAUUUUUGGCUGUUAUUUUUAUACUGUAGUUCAGAGUUGGACGAAAUUUCAAUAUUGACCUUUGAUAUCUGCCAAAUAUUUGUGAUAUGAAGAAUUUUCUAUCUCAGGUUAUUUGUAUAAUCAAAAUAUUAUAUAUGGAAAAUAUGUCCAUUUUAUUUAAACCCUUCUGAAAAAUUGUGGUAUAUUUCUGUCCCCUCUCAUUUUUUCUACAGAUUAUGCAGACAUGAAAGAUAAUUGUGUGAACAUGCAAGAAAAUUCUGUUCAUAUAAAUAAGUCAAAUGUUACGAUAAGUAUGUCACAAGAAUCAACAUAAUAAUCUUGCUUGUUGACAUAAGUAUAUUUCAAAUUACAUAUUAAUUUUUCAUGUUAAUUAAGUUGCAUACCAUGAUGUACAUGAGGUAAUAAAUUGCCAUUAGUGGUCA